AUGGAAGAAGAGCCAGAGUUUCCCUCAGCAUGCGGUCCCAUACGGCUUCCGCCAUCAACGAUCCGUGUUACCGAUGCAGAUGAGGAGAUUUUUCUGCUAUAUACCAGCUUGGCUGCUCAGGACCCUACGGACAGUUCGACUGGGUUCCGCGGACUAGGAUACGUCGACUCGCACAAGGACACUCUCACAAUUGAGUUCACCAUCCAGACUCCAGACGCCUCUUCUGCUAUCGUUGAAAACGAUCGCGCAAUCCCGCAGAGGCGCUUAGGCAGGGCCGCCACGAAGAAGCAGAAGGUGGCAUUGGCUGGGCAGGAACAGGUCCUAUCAGUCGAGCUGUACCAGGACAAGACCGCAUUGCGGAGUCGCAAGGGCGAUACGGGGAGUGUCCUUUGGCGUGCAAGCGUUGAUCUCGCACACUACGUCCUACAGCAAUACUAUGCCCGAGCGCCGGACGCGCUCAUCAGUCCAGCCGCGCUGCAGGGUGCGCAUGUGCUCGAGCUAGGAACCGGAACGGGCCUUCUCGCCAUCGUGCUAUCGCGCAUCGUCGCGCGAUACACCGCAACGGACAUUGAGGCUCUCGUCCCACUCAUCCGGAAAAAUCUCACGCUGAACCGACCGAAGUUACCCCCUUCCCCGUCUCCAAAACAUCGGCGCGUGCAUUCACGUGGAGAUACCGCUCAUAGUGAUCUCUUGGCGAAUGUCAUCGUCGAGGCUCUGGACUGGGAGAUGCUGCACCGUGCGUCCGCUCACGCACGUCGGUCCCUCUACAAGUUUCCGCCGAUAGACAUUUUGCUCGUUGUGGAUUGCAUCUACCAUCCAUCAUUACUCCCUGCGCUGCUGUCGACGAUUGACCAUUUGACAACGCCGGAGCUGACAGCGGUCCUGGUGGUGACUGAAUUACGAGCAGAAGAUGUUGUCAGAGAGUUUUUGGAGCGAUGGCUUGCUCUAUCGCCGGAGGGCGCAUGGAAGGUUUUCAGGGUCGACGGCAUUUUAGACAGACCAUAUGUAAUUUGGAUUGGAUGGAAGAGGCUGUCUGUUGGUCAAGAAUAG